AUGUUGGUCUACAGACCCAGCGGUCUGAGCACCGGGCGCCUGCUUCUCUCCUUUCUGUUUGUUGCAGCCUGGGACGCUGGGAGCGGCCAGGUCCGCUACUCGGUCCCGGAGGAGGCUAAACGAGGCACUUUCGUGGGUCGCAUCGCUCAGGACCUGGGGCUGGAGCUGGCGGAGCUCGUGCCCCGCCUGUUCCGGAUUGCAUCCAAACGCCGGGGGGACUUUCUGGAGGUAAAUCUGCAGAAUGGCAUUUUGUUUGUGAAUUCUCGGAUCGACCGGGAGGAGCUGUGCGGGCGGAGCGCGGAGUGCAGCAUCCACCUGGAGGUGAUCGUGGACCGGCCGCUGCAGGUGUUCCAUGUGGAGGUGGAGGUGAAGGACAUUAACGACAACCGGCCGGUUUUCUCCACCUCAGAACAAAAGCUCUCAAUUCUGGAAUCUCAACCGCUUGACUCUCGAUUUCCUCUAGAAGGCGCAUCUGAUGCGGAUAUUGGAGAGAACGCAGUGCUUACUUACGGACUCAGUUCAAAUGAGUUUUUCACUCUUGAUAUUAUAAACAAAAAGGACAAAGGCAAAUUACCAGUGCUUGUUCUAAGCAAACUGCUGGAUCGUGAAGAAAAUCCUCAGCUUCGGUUGUUACUAACGACAACUGAUGGAGGCAAACCUGAACUUACCGGAUCUGUUACUCUGCUGAUCCUGGUGUUAGAUGCCAAUGACAAUGCACCCGUAUUUGACCAAACCGUGUAUGAAGUUAAGAUGUAUGAAAAUUCAGCGAACCAAACAUUGGUUAUUUGGCUAAAUGCUUCUGAUGCGGAUGAAGGGAUAAACAAGGAGGUAAUAUAUUCAUUUAGCUCUUUGGUUCCACCCACCGUAAGAAGGAAAUUUUUAAUUAAUGAAAGAACGGGAGAAGUAAGAAUCAAUGAUGCCAUUGACUUCGAAGAUAGUAACACUUACGAAAUUCAUGUAGAUGUUACAGAUAAAGGAAACCCACCCAUGGUUGGUCACUGCACCGUCCUAGUGGAAAUCCUGGAUGAAAAUGAUAAUUCACCUGAGCUGGUUGUCACUUCUUUGGCUCUCCCGGUGCGAGAGGAUGCUCAGGUAGGUACCGUCAUAUCCCUGAUCAGCGUGUCCGACCGUGACUCUGGUGCCAACGGGCAGGUGACCUGCUCACUAACACCUGAAAGCCCCUUCAAACUAGUGUCCACCUUUAAGAAUUACUAUUCACUCGUGUUGGACAGCGUCUUGGAUCGCGAGAGCGUGGCGAACUAUGAGGUGGUGCUGACUGCGAGGGAUGGGGGCUCGCCUUCGCUGUCGGCCACUGCCAGCGUGUCCGUGGAGGUGGCCGACGUGAACGACAACGCGCCCGCGUUCCCGCAGCCCGAGUACACGGUGUUCGUCAAGGAGAACAACCCGCCCGGCUGCCACAUCUUCACCGUGUCGGCGCGAGACGCGGACGCGCAGGAGAACGCGCUGGUGUCCUACUCGCUGGUGGAGCGGCGGGUGGGCGAGCGCGCGCUGUCGAGCUACGUGUCGGUGCACGCGGAGAGCGGCAAGGUGUACGCGCUGCAGCCGCUGGACCACGAGGAGCUGGAGCUGCUGCAGUUCCAGGUGAGCGCGCGCGACGCGGGCGUGCCGCCCCUGGGCAGCAACGUGACGCUGCAGGUGUUCGUGCUGGACGAGAACGACAACGCGCCUGCGCUGCUGCCGCCCGGGCCAGGCGGAGGACCCAGCGCGGUGAGCCAGGUGGUGGCGCGGUCCGUGGACGCGGGCCACGUGGUGGCGAAGGUGCGCGCGGUGGACGCGGACUCGGGCUACAACGCGUGGCUGUCGUACGAGCUGCAGCCGGCGGCGGGUGGCGCGCGCAGCCCGUUCCGCGUGGGGCUGUACACCGGCGAGAUCAGCACGACGCGCGCCCUGGACGAGGCGGACGCGCCGCGCCAGCGCCUGCUGGUGCUGGUGAAGGACCACGGCGAGCCGGCGCUGACGGCCACGGCCACCGUGCUGCUGUCGCUGGAGGACAGCGGCCAGGCGCCCAAGGCCUCUUCGCGGGCGUUGUCUGGUGCAGCUGGCGCAGAGACGGCGUUAGUGGAUGUGAACGUGUACCUGAUCUUCGCCAUCUGCGCGGUGUCCAGCCUGUUGGUGCUCACGCUGCUGCUGUACACGGCGCUGCGGUGCUCGGCGCCGCCCAGCGAGGGCGCGUGCGGGCCGGGGAAGCCCAGGCUGGUGUGCUCCAGCGCGGUGGGGAGCUGGUCUUACUCGCAGGAGAGGCGGCAGAGGGUGUGCUCUGGGGAGGGGCCGCCCAAGGCCGACCUCAUGGCCUUCAGCCCCAGUCUUCCGCCGUGUCUGCAACCAGAAGCGGAAGUGGAAGAACAGUCUAUUGAAGGCGACCGCUCUAUCAAGGUGGGUUAUUACUUUUUUAUUUUCAUGCUUUGCUGCGUGAAUAUUUUAUUUUACCCCGUUUUCCCGCCUCAAAUAUAUUUCUUGGAGUAUCUUUAUCUUUUGUCUAAAGAACAUACAUUUUUAUAA